CCUUCAAACCCAGGAACCGCAGUGAAGAUGGCGGCGCUACGAGUUUCGGUGCUGGCGGGGAGUGGGAGAGCCCUCCUCGGCACACCGAAAACCAUCAAGACCCCCGUGGCCAAAAUGUCCUUCGCCAGUUUGCCUCGGAGCAAAAAGGUUGCCCUGACGACGAUGGGCGUGGUCACCGCCGGCGGGGCGGGGCUCGCCCUGAUGCUGCACCAAUCCGUCAAGGCCUCAGACCUAAUCCUCCACCCCCCCUCGUACCCCUGGAGCCACGGCGGACCCCUGUCCUCGCUGGACCACGCCAGUGUUCGUCGUGGGUACCAGGUGUACAAGCAGGUGUGCUCGGCCUGCCACAGUAUGGAGUACCUGGCCUUCAGGAACCUGGUGGGCGUGUCGCACACGGAGGCCGAGGUCAAGGCCAUCGCUCAGGAGGUGGAGGUGGUGGACGGUCCCGAUGAGACCGGGGAGAUGUUCACCCGGCCGGGUAAGCUGUCGGACUACUUCCCCAAGCCCUACAGCAACCCCGAGGCGGCCCGCUACGCCAACAACGGCGCCCUGCCGCCGGACCUCAGCCACAUCGUCAACGCCAGACACGGAGGAGAGGACUACGUAUUCAGCCUGCUGACGGGGUACUGCGAGCCCCCGGCCGGCGUGGAGUUAAUUGAGGGGCUCUACUUCAACCCGUACUUCAUUGGCCAGGCCAUCGGCAUGGCGCCGCCCAUCUACAACGAGGUGCUGGAGUACGAUGACGGAACCCCUGCCAGCAUGAGCCAGGUGGCUAAAGACGUGUGUACGUUCCUGAGGUGGGCGGCCGAGCCCGAGCACGACCAACGGAAACGCAUGGGACUGAAGAUGCUGAUAGGCUCCGCCAUCAUCAUCCCGCUGCUCUACUACAUGAAGAGGCACCGGUGGUCCGUUAUGAAGAGCCGGAAGAUCGCCUACAAGCCCCCCAAGUAAACCAGAGGCCCCGCCCCCCCAGCCCCGGGCCUAACACCGACCGGAGAGACGGCCGCCGCGUUCACGCCCCCACGACGCUCGCCGCGCUACGAUCAAACGGACAACGAAAUAAAAACACAACAACUGAAACACACGCCUUUCUAAGAGGAGGUAGAGAAUAUAUAUAUAUACGUCUUAUUUCUAAAGGCCUGUUUUUUUCUUUAGCCGCAGUAGAAACCGACCGGGGUGGCGUGCGUUUGCGUCGUGUCGUUCUCUUGAACGCGCCGCCGUCUCCUCGCAAAGAGUUAGUUUGUUUGUUUGUCUCCGGCAGCGGUUCACGUCCCCGACGCCUCGCGCUGGCCGAGGAGAAACGGUCGCGUCAAAGCGUUGGUACCAUCACCGGGUGUGUACGCCCCGCCCCCCUUGUGUAAGCCCCGCCCCCUCUUCCACUAAGCCACCCGGUGGAUGCAAUGCAGCCUCUGAACGUCUGUUUUACUGUACAAAAUAAAUUAUCUUAAAGGAAACGGA